CGAGCCAGUCCAACAAAACACCGUGAAACACACACACACACACACACCCUCUCCCGUAUAAACGGCAUCUGCCUGUACACAACACAGUCUGUAGCAUUCUCGCCUCCCUCUCCUCUCUCAUGUGCGCGCGCUGUCAUUAACGCACGCCAGACGCGCUCGAGCUCACUGUUCGGUUCGGACAUGAUAUCGGUGCGCACCCGGAGAUGAGGCUCAGAAAUGGCACCUUCCUAACAGUCUCACUAUUCGGGUUAUGUGGGCUUAUAUCAUUAUCCUGGUACACCGCAUUCAGCAAUUCCAAAGGUAAUGUCGUAGACAUUUACCAGCGUGAAUUUCUGGCGCUCAGAGACCGUCUGCACUCUGCUGAGCAAGAGAACCUCAAACGCUCCAAAGAGCUCAACCUGGUGCUGGACGAAAUCAAGCGAGCCAUCGCUGAGAAGCAAGCGCUGCGGGACAUCAACCGCACCUGGAGCAGCCUGUCAGAUGAGACCAAGCUGAAGCUGUGGAACGUAACUAGCAGUAAGAAUGUUCUUCAGCUGCCCAGCAUCUUCCACCAUCUGCCGCACCUGCUGGCCAAAGAGACCAGCCUCCAGCCAGCCGUGCACAUCGGCCAGGGCCGCACCGGAGUGUCGAUAGUGAUGGGGGUGCCCAGUGUGAAGAGAGAGGUGCACUCCUACCUGACAGACACGCUGAGCUCGCUGAUGUCUGAGCUGAGUCCGGCCGAGAAGGAGGACUGCGUGAUUGUCGUCUUCAUCGCGGAGACGGAUCAACAAUAUGCAAAUAGUCUUGCUGACAUCCUUAAGCGCCUGUUUCCAGGGGAAAUUCAGUCUGGGCUGUUGGAGAUCAUCUCUCCCUCCAUCCAUUUCUAUCCAGACUUCUCUCACCUCAAAGAGUCGUUUGGUGACCCUAAAGAGCGGGUCAGAUGGCGAACAAAGCAGAACCUGGAUUACUGCUUCCUGAUGAUGUAUGCCCAGACUAAAGGGACUUAUUAUGUACAGCUAGAGGAUGACAUUGUUGCACGGCCAAAUUACUUCACCACGAUGAAGAAUUUCGCCCUGCAGCAGCCGUCAGAGGAGUGGAUGAUUCUUGAAUUCUCCCAGCUGGGCUUCAUCGGUAAAAUGUUCAAGUCAUUAGACUUGCCGCUGAUCGUGGAGUUCAUGCUAAUGUUCUACAAAGACAAGCCCAUUGACUGGCUGUUGGACCACAUCAUGUGGGUGAAGGUGUGCAAUCCAGAAAAAGAUGCGAAACAUUGUGACAGGCAGAAAGCAAACCUACGCAUCCGCUUUAAACCCUCUCUCUUCCAGCAUGUUGGAACACACUCCUCCCUCGCUGGAAAGAUACAGAAACUCAAGGAUAAGGACUUCGGAAAGCAGACGUUGCAUAAAGGUCACGCUAACCCGCUAGCUGAGGUCACCACCAGUCUGAAGACGUACCAGCAUUUCACGCUGGAGAAGGCCUAUCUGGGAGAGGAUUUCUUCUGGGCGUUCACACCUGUGGCGGGAGACUUCAUACGCAUCCGCUUCUUCACACCUGUCCGAGUAGAGAGGUAUUUCUCCCGCAGUGGAAACAUCGAGCACCCUGGAGACAAGCUCUUCAACACUACAGUGGAGGUUCUUCCUUUCGACAAUAUUCAGUCGGAGAAAGAAGCGCUGAAGGAGGGGAGAGAGAAGACGCCGAAGUACCAGCGCACAGAAGACGGCUUUAUCAGAAUAGGGUUUAUUGAAGCCCGUCGCUCAUGA